CUUUCUGGCGGAUGCAGGAGGAAAACAGCUGAUAUGCUGCCAUUGUUGCUGCAACUUAUCAAACUCUGAGGGACGUACUUGUGUAUCCAAGUGGGCUGCGCUACGGGUAUAGGUCUAGAGCCCCACCUUGCGGGAAGUCAGUCUCUUCGAUAACAUCUGAAGCUUCUUGAUCCAGAGUCGUGAUCAGAUGGUCUUGAUGGACUAGAGCGGGGAUGGCUGCGCGAGCGAGACUAUUUUACCUACUUACAACUUUAUACCUUUUCUUUAACAACUUUUCUGCGUCGCCAGCUACUGGCACCAAGACAGAAACCUCGGAAAAAUGCAACUAUAAGGUGCUCCAGUCCAGCUCUGACGAGAGUGGCCGCAGGCUCGGGAUCACGCUCCGCAAUGACAACUGCUCCCUGAACUGGAACCCGCUGGGGAAACACGCCAUCCAUGAGGUGACCAACGUGACCUUCAGCCACUUGGCCUGUGACAGCCAGGCUGCUGUGGUGGUUCACUGGAUGCCCAGUCCCCUAGGUAUCGAACACAUCAAGGGGUUCAGGGUGUACCUGGAGGACAAGAACCCAGAGGGGAAGCAGUGUCAACACAUGAUCCUCAAAGAGCCACGCCAGCUAAACUUCUCCUACAAGAACGUGAGGCUGAGCUCGCAGCCCUUUCCUGGCCUGGCCUUUGAGACGGACUACAUGGUCCGGGUCGUGCCCUUCCCCACCUUCAUGAACGAUAGCUUCUUUCCCCCAUCCUUCCUCAGGACCAACUCCUGCGAGGUGCUUCUGGGACCAGACAACCUUGUAUGCAAACCAUUCUGGAAGCCUAAGAGCCUCAACAUCUCCCAGCUUGGCUCCAGUCUGCACGUGGCGUUUGACCCUGCCCCCUCCACCUUUGGCUUCAGCAUCUACUACCUGUACUACAAGCUCCGCCAGGAAGGCCCCUUCAGGUUGAAACGCUGCAAACCGGAAUUCACUUUGCCUAAAACAACGUGUGUCCUCCAAGAUGUAAUACCAGGGACUUAUGCAAUAGAGCUGAGAGAUGACAGCAACAACACCAGGAGACAGGCUCAGUACCAUGUCAGCCAAGUCCACUCCCCGUGGGCGGGGCCUAUCCGAGCCAUGGCCAUCACUGUCCCUCUGGUGGUCAUGUCGGCCUUCGCCACACUCUUCACUGUCAUGUGUCGCAAGAAGCAACAAGAGAACAUUUACUCCCACCUGGACGAGGAGAGCUCCGAGUCGUCCUCUCACGUCACGGCGCUGAACGCCGACCGACCCCGACCCAGACCCAAGGUGUUCGUCUGCUACUCCUCCAAGGACUGCCCCAAACACCAGGCCGUCAUCCAGAGCUUCGCCUUCUUCCUCCAGGACUUCUGUGGUUGUGAGGUGGUGCUGGACCUGUGGGAGCACCUGGAGAUCUGUAAGGAGGGCCAGAUGUCGUGGCUGAGCCGGCAGAUAGACGAGGCUCACUGCAUCAUCACUGUCUGCUCCAGGGGCCUGAAGCACUAUGUGGAGAAGAGGAGCCGUAAGGGCAAGGCCCCGGCUAGCCGAGCGGCCUCCGGCAGCACCGGUUCCCCGGGCGUGGCUGGCUCCGGCGGCGCCGAGCUCUUCAUCGUGGCCGUGGCCAUGAUCGCAGAGAAGCUGCGCGAGGCCUGCCAGAGCUCCCAGGACCUGUCUCGCUUCAUGGCGGUGUACUUCGACUACUCCCAGGAGAGCGACGUGCCCACGCUCCUCGGCCUGGCGCCCAGGUACAAGCUGAUGGACCAGCUGCCCCAGAUGUUCUCCCGCCUCCACUCCCGCCAGCCCGGCCCGGCCGAGCACGAGCCGCAGCCCCUCAACGUCUCCAAGAGGAACUACUUCCGGAGCAAGUCGGGCCGCUCGCUCUACGUGGCCAUCUGCAACAUGCACCAGCACGUGGCCACCGAGCCCGACUGGUUCGAGAGGCGGCUGAUGCCGGCGCCGCUCCCCGCUCCCCCUCUCCCGCCCCAGAGCCUCCGCACAGCCUCCACCUCCGACUCCGUGUGCAGCUCGGCCACUCCUCCCCUGGAGAAGUUUGACUCGGGGCUGGUGCUCAACGAGGUGGUCUUCAAGUCUCCUUCGGAGGGCGAGGGGACCCUGAGGAGGAAUGUUCUGGUGCUGCCCCCCAGCCUCAGCCUGGGACACUGCUCCCUGCCCGGGCCCAGCUCCUGCCAGGCCCAUGGGGAGACCUCCGGGGCUGGGGGCCCCUCCUCGCAUGGUGGCUACCCGCCCCUUAGAACCUCUCCCCAGGGGGACGGCUCUGCCAGCCCCCCUGAGAUGCCCCGGGACUCGGGCAUCUACGACUCGUCCGUGCCGUCAUCAGAGCUGUCCAUCCCCCUGAUGGAAGGGCUGUCCCCAGACCAAGCUGACACCUCCUCCCUGGCCGACAGCGAAUCCUCCUCCUCGGGACUGGGAGACGAAGAGCCCCCUGCUGUUGGUUCCCUGCAUUGCAGCGUCCCCACCGUGUGUAAAGCCGCACUGCACCCCCACCACCACCCAGAGCAGAGUGAAGGACUGACUCCUGUAGCACCCUUUUAGUGGGCCCUCCCCCCCCUACACCUCCCCCCCUAC